AUGAAUGUGACCAAUCUGCUGCGACACCAGAGAGUUCACAUGGGAGAGAGGCUGUUCAUCUGUUCUGACUGUGGGAAGAUGUUCACGCGGUUAUCCCACCUCCUGAGACACCAGCAGCUUCACACUGGGGCGAACCUCUUCACCUGCCUGGAGUGUGGGAAGGUAUUCACGCAGUCAUCACACCUCGAGGGACACCAGCGAAUUCACCUUGGUGAGAGGCCAUUUACCUGCUCCCAGUGCAGUAAAGGAUUCACUCAGAUGAAUGAACUUCUGAGGCACCAACAACUUCACAGUGGGGAGAGACCAGUCACCCGCUCAGAAUGUGGGAAAGGAUUUGUUCGUUUAUUCAGAUUACGGAAACACCAGCAAGUUCGCACUGGCAAGACUCCCCACACGAGCACUGACUCCAUGGAAGGAGGUGUUCCAAUAUCUAAGCUGCCAAGAGGUCACAUUCAUACUGGAGAGAAUGCCCUCACUGUGUGA